AUGGAGAGACAGCCAGUCAGUAACGACUGGCUCCCCAUGUCAGCAUUGCUUCGGGAUUCUAACUCGCAACAGAACAUGGCAGCUGUUGCAGCUCAAGAGGCCAACAUCGACACACCUAUCAAGGCACCCAAGACUCUGAAGAUAACCAAGACCCGCGGCAAGUCGACUGCCAUCAAGACAGCUGAGUCCAAGCAAUCCGAGGCCAAGACUCUGGCGAGCCCUUCCAUCCCGCUCAUCUGUGUCGUCUGUCCCACACAUCCGCGCUUCUCCGACAUCUCCCACCUCCUUACGCACCUUAACUCAAAGGGCCACCUUCAGACACUCAACGACGCAAGGAUUCGGGCCCUCGCCGAUCACUCGGCCGCCGAAGCCAUUUCCACCUAUGACCAGUGGUAUACCGAGCAUGGUCUCGAGGCACUGCUCGCAGAACGUUUGAAAGUCAAGGAUGAGAGAGCGAAGGGCCCCGCCACCGGCGGCAAGCGACCCAGUAAGGCAAUCUUUCAGAGAAAGAAGACUCUUCCCAUUAUUGCUAAGCGUGAGCCCGGCAACGAUGCCUCCUGGACGCCUCCUCCGACUGGUCGGUUCCUUGAGCAGCAGGCCAUCACGUUCUACAGAGAUCAAAACACCCCUGCUUCGACCGCUACCGAAAAUGUCCCUGAGUGGGCCCAGGAUGAGCUCGAGUUAGCAAGACUGAAGGGGACCAUCUGGCCGGGUAUGGGCAUCUUUGAUGCCGCCACCCCCGACCAAAAGAAGAAGAGGAACCAGCGCAAAGACGCUUCCGUCCUUCAACAAAUGGAGCUUUCUUCCCAGGCCAUUACCACUACCGAGUUAGUGACCAACCUCGAUAUGGAAAUCGAGAGAACCCGCGAUGUCUAUGACGCACCGUCAGUUGAGGGAACUCCGAUCGCCAGGUCAAAGCGUCGCCAGAAACGCAUCCGUGUAGCUGAUGAAGAGGACGGCGAUGACACCUCUGAAGUUAUUGUCAAGUCAGAGCCCAGUGACCACGCCGCCCCGAAGGCUUGUCACACCAAGGCCGUGCGACACAAGACGCGACCUAUUAAGCAGGCUCCGGAACCCGAGAUCAACAUUGAGUACCUGUCGGAGAAGCUCGAUGUCACAAGCGAAGUCGCCGGCAGUGUUGGCGCUGAAGCUGAUGCUGAUCUUGACGCUGCCAUCGAAUUUGAACUCCAUGGCGAUGUUGACGACUCUCCCUUUGGACCAGGAUCAUCUUUGAACAACCUGAACCCUGGCACCUUCAGCAUCCGCAAUGGGCAUGACGUCUUCCGCGACGCCCACCGUAACGCCAACCGUGGCCGUGCUGCCCUCCCACAGUUCUCUGCAGAGAUGAUGGAUGACGCUAGGUCUUUCAACCUUGACCUGGGAAAAGUCACUGAUAUGACUCAGAGAAUGCCAGCAGACGAUUACGCCGUUGGAUGUGGUAACAGUCAGGUGAAUGGAACCAGGAUGACUUCCAAUAGCCAGGUCACCCAGGCUAGCAUGGCUGAUUCCAACAUCACGGCUAGUCCCUUCAAUGACUUCCAGCAUCAGGAGAUGUUCUACCAGCAGGCCCCUUGGGCGUACCCGAUAGUCGGGCAAGCCUCGAACUCGAGAUUCAUUCCCAUCAAUGGCAAUCAAGCCCAGCCGGCGUUCUACGGCCACCAAUUCUCCUUCCCCACCGGCGAGAACAGUCAGGGCAAUGGAACCGACAUUUUCGGAAAUGAUCUCUGA